AUGACGAUGCCAACAAACACUGGACACAAGACCUCAUGUCGGGAGGAGUCUGUGUCCGGAACUCCUCUGCCAUUGACAUCAAAGCCAAAUAACAGCUCUGAUUGUCGUUUACUUCCAUUAGGAUUAGAGGAGAGCAUAGGUAUGGAUGUGGACGAGCUCUUGAACUACAAGACCUCCACAUCGGAUGACAUUCACACCAAUGGGUCGGAAGAGCAUCAGUCCAAUGAAGCCAAGAGACCGGCGCUGAAGAGGAAAUUGAGCGAAGAGUUGGAUGAGUCGGAUGUGACCGCCGAAGCCGUUGAGACAGAAGUGGACGAAUCGGCUCUCAAACGACUUCUCUUGCAUUUUGAACGACGAGUGCUUAAGAAUCAAGAAUUGCGGAUCAAAUUCGGUGACAAUCCGACUAAAUUCAUGGACUCAGAGAUGGAGUUAUUCGACACAUUGCAAGAAAUGCAUGUCUUGAGUACUCAACCAGAACUCUAUCACAUUAUCGUUGACCUCAAUAUAAUCCCAACACUUCUGGGACUUCUGUCCCACGAAAACACCGUGAGAUGGAAAAUGCAUGUCUUGAGUACUCAACCAGAACUCUAUCACAUUAUCGUUGACCUCAAUAUAAUCCCAACACUUCUGGGACUUCUGUCCCACGAAAACACCGACAUAUCGUGUGGUGUCGUCGCUCUCCUCCAAGAGCUCACGGAUUUGGAUGAUAUCCAAGAACUGAAUGAUGUGAGCCUUCUAUUGGAUGCCUUACUCGGCGGUCAAGUGAUCUCACUUUUGGUGACAAAUAUGGAGAGAUUAGACGAAACAGUGAAAGAAGAAGCCGAAGGAGUUUACAAUUCAUUAGGGAUUAUAGAAAAUUUGACUGAUUUUAAGCCAAACCUCAACAAUGACUGUCAAUCUCUCAUCUCUUGGACAAUGAAGCGAUUGAAAGCCAAACCAUCUUUCGAUGGCAAUAAACUUUAUGCUUCAGAAAUACUAUCGAUUUUACUUCAAAGCAAUGCCGACAAUAAGAAGUUGUUGAGUGAAUGCGAUGGCGUCGACACUUUGCUUCGUGUCAUUUCGUAUUACAAAAGACACGACCCGUCGUCUAGUGAUGAACACGAAUAUAUGGAGAAUCUGUUCAACUGUUUGUGUUCAGCGCUGUUGUGUUGUCCACCGAAUCGGGAACUCUUCUUCAAAGGCGAAGGCAUAGAACUAAUGAAUUUAAUAUUACGCGAGAAACGCAAAAAAGGUUCCACAUCUUCAGUGAGAAUCGGUUCCCUAAAAGUGAUUAACCACUGCAUGAGUGCCGACAAGUCUGGCGAUCAAAUGCUCGACUCGUGUUGUAAUAAAUUCAUCGAGAUUUUGGGUUUACGUAUUUUAAUGCCUGUGUUUAUGAAACCCAAUUCAAUCGUCGGCCACAAGAAAGAGACCACUUCUGUGGAUGAGAUCGAAGAGCACUGCCUCUCAAUAACAUUGGCUCUAUUGAGUCAUUCGCGAAGUGAACUCAAGCGCCGGGUUUUGUCAAAGUUUAGUGAAUCUGACUUUGAAAAGACCGAUCGACUCAUUGAAUUGCAUUUCAAAUACGCCGAAAGGCUUAUCAAAUGUGAUUCGUUGAUCAAAAAAGAGAGAGCACUCAAAGUGAUCAACGAUGACACCAUCGAUGAGGACGAGUUCUUCAUGAGACGGCUCACUGAUGGCGGACUCUUCACACUCCAGAUGAUUGAUCACAUAAUACUUCUCAUUUGUUCACUCUAUGAAGACUUUGUCGAAGCGAAUGCCACCGAAAAGGGCGACCAAAGCGCUAACAAAGAGACCAUUAAGUCUCGAGUAAUGAAAUUAAUUAAUUUGCACGCAAUUAGUUCUGUAAAUCAUUACAAGUUUAUUAAGAAUAUUAUGAAAAACUUAGCGAAUGAAAGGGACGAACAACAGAAACAAAGAUUGUUACAACUCGUUCAGGAAUUCUGAGUAUUGAGUUGUU